AUGGUGAGUUCAGUCGUAGGUUUGUGUUUGGUUUAUAUGAUGAAUGUUGCACUGACCGGUGCCUUAGUUUUGAUCACCGGCAAUGUGUCUCCCAUACCGAGAACCUGGCAGGAAGGAAUGCGCAAAUCAGACUGUCAUUUACUUGGACGUGAAUUCAUCACAGAAAAAGUGGAAGACAUCCGAGUACGAGGGAUUACUGAUAAUAAACGGUAUUGGAUUGGGGCAUAUGUCAACUACACAAAGUGGAUGCAUUUAAGGGGAUGUUUUCAAACAAAUAUUCAAGGAUUGUUCUCGAAAUUAGGAAGCCAUAGCGUCUCUGAAUGUUUCAAGUUUUGUGGUAAACAUAGCGUUGGAUUAUCAAGGGAUCGUUGUGUUUGUUUGAAUAGGGGAUUUCCGCCCAGAGGGAGUGAAUAUUGUGCUGCAACACCAUGCCCUUUGAACACCGGAGAAUUUUGCGGUAGUGAUGGUGCGUUAGGGACACGUACUUGUCUUUGCUGGUAUACGACCAUUAACAACCAUGAAGAUAGUGAUAGCAAAAUUGGAAAUUGCAAAACAGUUACACAUCCUAAUGGCAUAAGUCUACUUGAGACAACAAACUGUAGUGAAAAACAUAUGUAUCUUUGCGAAAAGGAAAGAGACGGGACACCAAAAUUGGUUGAGCGCCAUGAAUACAAGAAUUGGACAGAAGCGGGGUUUUCAUGUCAUCAGAACGGACAACAAUUUUAUGACGGACGACUCGUGAAUAGACCAAUAAGACCUCCGAAGUUUUGGGUAGGUAUAUUUCGUAAACAGAUAUUUAAUUGGGCAACCGACACAUCACCAAGAGCACACGAUGACUGUUUAUCAGCAUCCGUCAACAAGGAGGGCAAACUUACUCCAUUGGUGGAGAAGUGCGAUUCUCCGUUACCUCUAUUAUGCCAGCUAAACUACAGCGAUUUGACACCUUCCAAUGAAGAAACAACCCCACCGACAGGCAAUGGCGGAUCAGAGGGAUAUGAAGUCACCCAAUGGUUGAUCGGGCUAGUAUGUGGUAUAGUGUUUACAGCAUUGGCUUCAAUAACAUCAGUAGUUAUAUUCCGAUACUGGAAGAAGAACGUCGACCACCAGACUUCAAACAAUGGACAAGAGGUUGUUGAUACAGCCUCUGCACAUUAUGAACAAAUCAGUGUUGGAAACAGCGAAAGUUACAUUUACGACGUAUCCUGGCGUUCCGCCAACACGCAUGACUAUGCAACAAUACUGAGAUGAAGUAGCUAAAUCCCCGAGAAAUAAAGAGAUACUUUCUGUUCAUGUUCAAUGAAGACAUUGAUUAUUUACUAUCAAUUAAAUCCUUCGUUAGCUAAAGUAAAGGGCAAUUAGAUAGUCAUGAACAAUUGUGUUACUAAGGGAGAAAAAGCAUUGAUAGCUGUAACCUUCAUUUCAUAUAUCUACGUAUUCUUUAGUUUACUUCUUACAUCGUGCGAAGUGGUCCAUGUUAACCUUAUGUUUAUUAAGAAUAAUAUUUCCCAUCAUUGCUACUCCAAUUUGAAGUUAAAAGGCCUUAACGACAUCAGCAUUCAGCAGAAUAUUUUCAAACGUGAAAUAUAAAUUAAAGAUAUACCUGUUGUGAAAAACGUAUAAAGAAAAUUUAGCUCGAAAGCAUGUUAAGUAGUUUAUGUCUAUCUACACAAUUGCUAUUUCAUGCAUAUUACCAUAUAGAAUUUUAGUACUUGUGGAUCAUGACUGGUCAACCUGGAUGAAACUUGAGCUUAGCUAGUUGAUAUUAGAAUAUGUGUAGUUGUUGAUAUAUAUUUUGCCAUCCAUAGAAAAGUUUAUAGCGAGCAUUAUGCGGUAUUGUGUGUAGUAUUUCUAAACCAACAAACUGCACACAUGUGAUCCACUUUAAACGAAAGUGUUGUGAAACAUCUUUACCCUCAAUAAACUUACCGCAACACGAAAAAUGGAAAAUAUCUUGACCGACAAAAUAUCUUCUCGAGCUUUCAGUUGGAAUCAAAAUCAUACUAAAACUCCGAUAUAGAUUUGUUCUAAAAUAGAUUUGACACUUUCAAUUUUUUUCUGGAUCUUGUUCGCUGUUUGGGUCGAGUAUAGAUAAAGGUUUCUGUAUUUUCGAAUAAAAAUCUUGCAUAUUUUCCAAUUUGGAAUUGUAUUGCUUUGUCGCAGUAGCGAAAUGUAUUUCUUAUUAAGUGAUAGACUUAAACAUAUGCCAAAAAAGAAAGUGGCAGGAUUUUUCCAGAACAACAUUAUUUGUGAGAAAAACUGAAUUUAUAAAGCAUGUCAAAAGUGAUAUACUAUGUGUACAAUCCCGAAAAAAGUUAUAUUGUUUCAGGUGCCUCAGUACAAAAGCUAUACUCCUGAUGUGCUAAACUUUUUCGUUCAUAUAACAUUGAAUUUGUAAAAAAAAUAUUCUGUGAGUAAUUCUGUAUUGAAAACUUUUUAUGUCACUAGUUUUGAGUCAUUUGCCUCACGAAAUGGAAGAGUAUAAAUGUCUUUCCAGUUGUGAUGCCUUAGAAAAUUAUCCACAAUAGUGUACCGCCUUUCAUGAGAAUGUUGAAGAAAGGUCAAUACAGUUGAUAAUAGUUUGUGACAGAAAUACUUUGACGGUUGCCUCAAAUUAUUACGCUAAACGUGAUCAAUAUUUUUCCAUAAUUAGUUAUCAUUCUCU